AGCAUAUUUUGUUAUUUUUGUUAACUUUUUGUGUAGAGGCUAAGUUAGUAUCAGUAAUAGAGUUUCCAUAAAUCAGAGAAGCAAUAAAAUCGAUGAAUCGCCUCCUAAGAAGAAAAAGAAGGAAAUUCCUAGGAAAAGUCACUCGUGAUAUUACGAGAGUGCAAGAGGGAAAAUUUCCCUCAAAAUAGCUGAUCUGGGGAAAUUCAAAAUGGGGCGUUCCCUGGUAUGAAUAUUUAUAAUUUCUCUCCUUUCUGGUUGAAAUUUGUAUCCUGCGCAAGCUCCAAUUUUGCCAUUUUAUGCAGAAAAUCCAUUGUUUGUUGUUUCGCUUUCGGAUGGACACACACAAGAAAUAUGGCGAUGCUUAACGCGUUGCACAAUGGCUGACUUCUCCUGUUACCUUUCGUAUGUUGGGGAAAUUUUUGUUCCAAGAUAAUGCGAUGGUGUGUGCAAAAAACAAAAAAGACCAAAUUUCGCAAAUAUUGAGAAAGUAGUUGCGUUCGAAUCCGACUCAUUCAGGCGAUUUAUGCAGGAAAAGGAAUUGGGGAUUUUUUUCAACUUAAUAUUUGGAGAGUUUCCUUUCAGUCGGUUUGCACGGAAAAUACAUACGAUUAUCCUUUUUGAAGUAAGAAAAUCCGUCGGCAGUGCAUUUUGGGAUUUAUUUUGUCAUUGUAUUCGGUUCGUGAUAAGUUUUAAAUAAAAGGAUUUCUUAAGGAUGCUCGAGGAUCAACAUCAUGUUGCGAUUUCCAUGUUUCCAUUGGACAUGAAAUGCCAUCAGCAACAACAACAACAACAGCAACAACAUCCCCAUCAUUGUCAACAACCGAUUGUAUCCGGCCUUGGUCCUGGCCCCGGCCUAUCUGUAUCAUCAUCAGUAUCAGGACCAACAUCAUCUUCAUCCACCCUGCCACCACCACCACAAUCAAUGACAACCGGAAACGACAGAAUGUUAACAAGUGCAAUCAUUCAACCGACAAUAAACGAAGCUAUGUCAGAUGUUGGUGGUGUUCUCGGAAACAGGACAACCAACCACAAUAACAAUGCCACCAACAACAACAACACCAGUACCAACAGCAGUGGCAGUGGCAACAGUAACAAUGUCACCGAUAACAAUAUCAAUGGCAAUCAUAAAACUAAUAGUGUCGCCAACCAACAACAUCACCACCAUCAUCCCCAACAUCAACAUCCUGCAGGACCAGCCCUCCAUCACCAUUCCUCCGCCAAUCAGUCCAGAACGAUUUUAAGUGAUUGCAGCAGUUCCUUGUGCAGCAUGCAAAAUUGUGGCCCACAAUUGCAGCAUCACAGCCCCCACCAUUCGCACUACCUGCAACAUCAUCAAUCCUCGGCGGCAACGGCAGCACUGCAUCAGCAGCAAUCGCUAUCUUCGGUCCUCGCGGCUGCGGCCGCUGCAGCAGCUGUUUCUGCUGCUGCUUCUGUUACUGCCACAUCCACACUGGGCUCCUCAGUGUCCUUGCAAUGCGGCUACUGUUGUCAGCAAAUUUGUGAUCGAUAUAUUAUGCGUGUGGUGGACACAUCAUACCAUGAGGGAUGCCUCAAGUGCACUACGUGCUCCAUCCACUUGGUGCACUCGUGCUUCAUACGUGACGGCAAACUUUACUGUCGGAUUGAUUAUGAGAGACUCUUUAUUCGAAAUCGUUGCCUUGGAUGCGGACAUAAAAUUGGCUCCGAUGAGCUUGUGAUGAGAGCUCUCGAGAACGUUUUCCAUUUAAAAUGUUUUGCCUGUGUUGUUUGUGGUGUCCUUUUAAAAAAGGGCGAACAAUAUGUGGUUAAACAGGGACAACUCUUCUGUCGGUUCGAUUAUGAGAAGGAGGUGGAAAUGCUUCAAGGAUAUGAUUUCUAUGGUGAUGAAUUAUUUCCACCAAAAUUAGAUGGCAGACGAGGACCAAAACGACCGAGAACAAUUUUAAACACACAACAACGAAGGGCAUUUAAGGCAUCAUUUGAAGUGUCACCGAAACCAUGUCGCAAAGUUAGAGAAAAUCUAGCAAAGGACACUGGACUGAGUUUGAGAAUCGUUCAGGUUUGGUUUCAAAAUCAACGUGCCAAAGUGAAGAAAAUUCAGAAAAAAGCUAAACAAGAACAAAAAGGGGCUAGUGAAACAGAUUCUCAAGAAUCGGAUAGUAGUUUGGCUAAAAUUAAGGAUGAAACACAUAGUGACAGUGAGUCUUUGGAAUCACCAUUUUCACUGGGUGAAAAAGCACGAUUGAUAAAGGAUGAAAUUCAAAAUGAAAAUACGCCGUUUAAUUGCACGGAGACGAAUAAAGAAAAUUGCAACAAAACAAACGAACCCAUCCUCAAUACAAUUCUCGGCCUAAGUUAUGCCACAUUCCAACAGUUAAUGGGUCCAUUCAACCAGCCACCGAUGAUAAAUCCAAUCGAUCGACUGUACAGUAUGCAAAAUUCCUAUUUUCGUCCUGAAGAUAUAAAUUUCAAUGAGUGCAAGGAUCCUGAUGAAAAUUAAAACAACAACAAAAAAACACACUCACAAAAAAAACUUUAACCCUAAUUAAUUGUAA